GUCCACACAUCCGUUCAUAUGACAUUGCACUAAUACAGCAACCAGCCUGUCCAAGGCAGUACACACUCAGCGGGCCGAGACCAGUGAGGCCCGCAGGCACCAAAGAUAUACGGAGGCGGAACGUGCGCUCGAACGAUCUCUGCGCUCCCUGGCAUCACCCGAGGAGCACGAUCGCGCUCUACGUACAACCGCAUCCCUUCUCGGCCAGCUGUCCAAGACCACGGAGGAGGCCACUCGCCAAGCUCAAAUUCUCCUCGCCUCCAGCGACCUCCACGGCCCUGCCCUCUAUGCGGCGAAGCGCGAGCGGUGGAUAUGGGAGCUCCGACAACGGCAGGCGCGAGAAGCAGCUGCGCGUCUACAACAAGCCCCUGCGGCGCCGGUAGUAGACCGACGACAAGCCAACCUCGCACGCUUCCUCGAAUCCUCAGAGCACCGGCUGUCCACCCGCCCGGCCCCGCGGCUGAAGAGGCGCUCGUUGCAGGCGCGCCGCAUGGUCGCGAGAGACGCGGAGCCGAUGCUGGUGCGGAGGGACGUCCCGCUGCCGCCGCCGGGCGUGUUCUUGGACGAGCUGACGUCGAGGCGGCGCUGCCGCAAGUCCACGACUGGGAGCGAGGCAUCCGCGUCGGUCACAACUCUGCCGACUGCGUCCUCGUCGUCUAUCUUGACCGACCGGCAUGACGAGGACAACUCGUAUCGAGCGUUCGCUGCGAGCUGUACGUUCGCGGCCUUGGGCGACGAUGAUGGGAGGGAGGUGCCGCGCGGGUCGGUCGUGGUGUAUCAUACGCCGAAGCGGACUCAUCGGUCGCGUCAGUCCAUAUGCCGUGGCUUGGACGACUUGCCUCUGCCAGACUACGCGCGCGAGCUGCUUGCAGAGUUCUCGGAAGGGCCAAGUGUCGAGCUGCCGCAUCUUGACUUUGUAUCCACCCUCGACCUCGGAUUCACCCCUACUCGUCCGAAGCAUGUCUCCCUUCCGCCUACCCGUCGUACCCAGAACGAGCAACCACGUACUCCGCAAGAACUCCCCUUCCCAAGCCAACUCAGCCCACCCCGCGCCCCUCCGUCUGAAGCGCGGCGCCGCACCCAGUCCUCGACGCCUGUUAAGGGGCACCGCACGUUCCUUUCGUUGGAGCAUGCGUCUCCGGCACGGUUCCUGUCGUUGCGGCACUCUGACCGCCCUGACCGCCCGAGCCCGCGGCGGCAGAAACUGCGCUCGCUGUUCUCCAUCGCGGAGUCGCAGUCGGGCUCGAAGGCUUCGAACAUCGACGAGGGAUCGAACUCGAGGAUCGACGCCGGCUCCCAGGCAUCCGUAUCCACAAGCGACGCACUGCCCGAGGCGAGGAUGUCGAGCGAAGACGUGCGCGUAUCGAGCGACUGGACGCUGCUGCGUGCCGCGUCGCGCAGCGAGAUGUUCGACAGCACCGAUAGGCGGCUGCGGAGGAAGCCCAGCAUCGCCUCCCGCCUGGCGAAGAGGGUGUCGCUGCAGCUGACGAAGGGGUAGGUGCUACCGAGGAUAGGGUAGGUGCUGGCGAGGAUACGGUAUCAGACUGCAAGUAGGUGUCAGAACCAGUCUGACGUCG